GUUUAAUUUGGUUAUUACUGAAUUGUUGUGUAAACAAAAUUUCGUAGAUUUUGUUAAUAAAAAGUAUUAAUUAUGGGCAAAAUGAGCACGGAUGUAGUUGAAGAAGGAAAAGGUAACGAUAAAUCUGACGAGUUUGAUUUCAUCAUAGAAGAAGAAGAUGCUAAUAGUAAUAACUCCGACAGUAAUGAUUCUGAUGUUGGCACGGAGAUGUCGGAUUUAUCAAAAUGUAAAAAGAACCAAAAAAAUAAUUUAAUAGCAGCAAAUACUAAAAAAACUUCACAAAGAGGUCGAAAAAAAAAGAAUUUAACUGUUGAAAAUAAAAUAAAAAUAUUACAAUAUUUAAAAGAACAUGGAACGACAAUGAAAACAGUCCGGGAUGUAAUUGCCAAAUUCAAGCUGCCAGAAUCUUUAGUUUUAGAAUAUGUAAAGCAGCAAAUGCAAAUUGGACAGAGAAAAGCGGCAGAAGAAUGCAAAAAUGAAUCUUUCAUCAACGCAAACUUGUGGAUUAAAACAUAUGAAAACUAUCAGGUUUCUAGUCACACCGAUUUCGAACUUGCGUAUCUAUAUAAUAAUAUUGCUGAUACCGAAGAGCAUCCAGACCCAGCAGAAUUGGAUGGGAUUGACUUAAAAAAAGCAUACAAGUUUUUGGCUAAUGCAUUAGAGGGUAAUCCUCAAAUUCCACCGGAUGGUCCAACAAGUGAAUUCCUAAAGCAACAAUUAAAGAAAUUAGAAGAAACUUCUGUUGAAGAGGAAGCUCAAACACAAACUAAUAAUAUAAAAUUAAUGCUUGGAAAUAAACAUCAGCAAGAAGGUACAAAUAAGAGAUCUAAGAUAAGUCUUGAUCCUUUAAAUUACAUCCCAAGCAUAGAAGGACAUAUAUAAAUAUAUGAUUUUUAAUAUUGAAUAAAUUACUUUUUAUUUGAAUAAGUAUAAUAUAACUUUUUAUAUAAUACAAUUUCCUAUAUUGAUUUCAAUAUAGCUUAACAAUAGUCA